UCCCCCUUUCACACAAAAAUCUCUUUUCCCAUCUCCACUUUGAAUCAUUCUUUUUCAUUUGUCAGAUUUUUGCAAGCGUGGGUUUGAUUCCCCUCUCGCCUCAAAACGGUGUCCCUUUACAAUAAUGUUUUCAUUUGUUUGUUAAUCAAAAUCACCAACUCUUUCUCCAUGGACCAAACCAUUUUAUUCCCAUUGAAAUACACCGAGCACAAAAAAACCACCACCAAAAUCAUCAAGCCUAGAAAAUCCCAAAUGCCGAGCGCCGCAAGAACUGUCCGCAUCUCUGUGACCGAUCCCGACGCCACCGAUUCCUCUGACAACGACGAAGAAGAAUUCGACGUCAUCUUCCGCCGCCAGCGUGUCAAGAAGUACGUCACCGAAAUCAGAAUGGAGACAGCUGUCGGCGGGAUGAGAGCUGCGGAGACACUGCCGCCGAAGCCCAAGCCCAAGCCGAUGAAAGCGCCAGCUCCGGCGGCAAGGAAGUACAGAGGCGUGCGGCAGCGGCCGUGGGGGAAAUGGGCCGCCGAGAUUAGAGACCCCUGCAGAAGGGUCAGGCUCUGGCUAGGCACCUACAACACCGCCGAGGAGGCCGCCAUGGUCUACGACAACGCCGCCAUUAAGCUCCGCGGCGCCGCUGCUCAGACCAACUUCACCUCCCCGCCGGUGAAAGAACCCGCCUCCGAUUCCGGCUACGAGACCAGUGAUGAAUCACACAACAUUUCCUCUCCAAUCUCUGUCCUCCGCCGAAAGAGUAGUAAUUUGAGUAACGAAACCGGUCAGAGUAGUCACACGAGUGACUACACUGAACCGGGGCAAAAUCAUUCUGUUGUCCCGGUUCAUGAUAUAAACCGGUCCGAUCCGAUUUUUACCGGUUCGGAGGUGCAGGAGUGUCAAGGGGAAAUAAGCAUGGCACUUAAUUACUCCAAUGAAUAUUUGAACAUUCCAUUUGUUAACAAUUUUUUCGAUUUUCAGCCACAAGAGAACUUAUUCAGCCAGGAUCCGAGUUUUUUCAACGAUUUCACGAUGAGAUUCGACGAUUUCCCUCCCCUCAAUGACGUGAAGCUUGGAGAUGUUAAGGAUUCGUUUCAAGAACUGGGUUCGCUCGAUGUCGAAGACUAUUUUCAAGACAUGAAUGAUUUUAGCGCCGCUGAUGCACUCUUAGCGAUAUGAUUUAUGUUAAGUAUGUUAUACUACUAACAUAUAUAGCCGGAAAAUGCCGAUUUAACGGCAAAUUUUGUGUCUUUUUUCCA